CGCCGUUCCUCUUCCGCGGCCUUCCAUCAUCCUCCGGCCCUGCUCCGGGGCUGGGACCGCGCCUUCGCCCCCUCAGAAGACCCGUCAUGGUGACCCAGCAGUGACCCUUCCAUGAGAAGGCAAGAUGGCGGACCAGAGUAACAUCCAGUCGGCGGCCUCCAAGAGCAUCCGCCCCUUUCGCUCCAGCGAAGAGUAUCUCUACGCGAUGAAGGAGGACUUGGCCGAGUGGCUCAACACUCUCUACGACCUGGACGUCCAAGUGGAGAACUUCAUGGAUGUCCUGGAGACCGGCUACGACCUCUGCCAGCACGCCAACAACGUCAACCGCAUUGCGCUGGAGUUCCGGCAGUCGCACCCGGAGGCGGCCGCUUCCAUGAGAAUCCCCCAGAAGGAGGUGGUCUUCCAGUCCAAGAACGUGGUGCCCGGCUCCUUCAUCGCUCGGGACAACAUCUCCAACUUCAUCCAGUGGUGUCGCCAGGAGCUGGGCAUCCAGGACGUCUUGAUGUUCGAGACCAACGACCUGGUGCUGAAGAAGAACGAGAAGAACUUCGUCCUGUGCCUGCUAGAGGUGGCCAGGAAGGGGUCUAAAUUCGGGAUGCUGGCCCCUAUGCUGAUCCAGAUGGAGGAGGAGAUUGAGGAAGAGAUGAGGGACCAGAUCGCCUACGGCGAGUGGGAGGCGACGGAACAGGCGAGCCAAGAUCUGGGGCCCCAGUCUCCCGUCUACCCGAGCCGAACGCAACGGAUGACUUUGUGCGACCUCAAGAACCUGGAUGAGUUGGUGAGAGAAAUUCUGGGCCAUUGCACCUGCCCUUCCCAGUUUCCCAUGGUCAAAGUCUCCGAGGGUAAAUAUAAAGUGGGAGACUCCAGUGCGCUGAUCUUUGUUCGGGUGCUAAGGAGCCACGUGAUGGUGCGGGUUGGCGGCGGCUGGGACACGUUGGAGCACUACCUGGACAAGCACGAUCCGUGCCGUUGUACUUCUUUCUCUCACCGCCUGACGCAGACCCGGGGGCUGGGCUUCUCCCCGCAGAAGGCGGCCAGCCCAGGAGGUUCCCAAGCGGCCAGUCCCAGCACCCAGCGCCGGGCUGAAGCCCUGAGCCUGCACAAGGCCUCCGAACCGCUCCGCCCAGGAGACCGGCGGCUCUCGGCCGGAGGGGAUCCGGCUCAUGCCAAGGGGCAUCGCCCAGGCUUCCCGGGCAGGAGAGCCGGAGAGCCCGCCCUACCGAGACAAGCCCCCACGUCAGCUGGAGGCCACGACGGGCUCCCGGCUCGGUCGGGCACCUCGGGACAGAGCUCCGCCAGCCCCUUGAGGGGGUCCACCGCCCAGGCUCAGCGCAGCACCUGUGAUUCUUCACAGACCCUCAAUGCCAGGCUCCUCCCGAGGGCCCGGCGUCUGUCCGGAGACAGCGAUUCUUCGGCCUCCUCCAUACCGAGCGGCACGCUGGGAAGAAGACGCCAGGAAGAGGGCAACUCGGGAUUCAGGAAGGAGGCCAGCCGACGGGGCUCGGAAGGGACCGGCUUGCAAACCCUCGCCAGCCCAAAGAGGCAGAUGGACAGCCGCAGUCAGUCGCGAGACCGGGCGGCCCUGUCGAGACCAUCGCCGGCGGCCAGGAAGGCAGAGCCGGAGGAGCGUGGCCGAGUCCGACUCCCAAACGGGCACAGCAAACCGGGAGCGGUCCAGAGCCCCCGCCCCAGAGCCCGCAGUCAAGGGAGACCCGCUGGGGAGCCCGUCUUAGUCAUCAGCCGAGGGAAAGACGGCCAGCACUCGUGGGUGCGAGCGCGGGACCCCAAAGACAGCCCCGGAGGCUCGGGAAGGAGCACGCCCCGGACCAAAAGCCCAGCAAGGGGACAUUUUGCUUCGGGGAGCACCAGGAACCCCGCCCUGGCUAGCCGCCGGGGAUCCCUCCCUGCAACAAAAAUGACCGAUCCCUCGGUCCGAGGACUGCCUCCGGCCACUCCCGGCUCUCAGAAGCAGCAGAACGUGACUUCGGCGGGCCCACCGGGGACCACGGGCAAGCCCCGGUCCGGAGAGGGCUGCUACCCUGCGGAGAGCUUGGGGCAGGGCAUGGAGCAGCUGGCCCGCACCUUCCGCACGCCGCUGCGCCUCGACCCGAGCCAGGAGCAGCAGCUUUACCGGCGGCUGGAAGAGGAGUUUCUGGCCAACUCCCAGGUGAUGGGGCUGGACGAGGAGGAAGAGCAGGGACCCGUCGAGCUCACGGGACGGGCCUCCGAGGGCCCUCGGCUCAUGCCGGCCACCUCUGACCAAGGGGCGGCCGACUCGGCUUACUGCUCCUCCAGCUCCUCGUCUUCCUCGCUCAACUUCUUCACCAAGUACGGCCUCCAAUCCGAGCCCAAAGAUGAAUCCAGGAAGGGGGCCGCCUCCCACAAGCCCUGGGCUCCCGAAUCGGGCCCCGCUCACCCGGACUUCCAGAACGGCUCGGCCGACCCUCCCGACCUCUGGGACUCCCCGUCGUCUCUGGAGCGAGCGACCCGGUGGAGGAAGCCGGCCCUGUCGAGCUCCUCGGACGAGAGCACCUGCUGCUACCUGGGCUUGAACGACCUGCAGGAGGUCCAGGAGGGGACGGAGAUCUCUUUAGGGGACGGUCCGUGGGGCCCCGGAGAGCUGGGGGCCUCAGACGGGGAUCUGGGCUCCUCGCCCCCCGAGGAGCACCUCGCCACCCCCCUCAACGGCGUUUCCCCCCAGGAGGCGGCCCUCGGCCCCAAGGCAUCCUCGAUGAAACCACACCGUGUGCCUUCCCCCUACCGGCUGAACCUCUGCCCCAAGAUUAAGCCCCGCACCGACUCCCAGCCCGACAAGGCCCCCUCGAAAAUCCCCACGCCCGUCAGCUACAAGGCCGUGGGGAGCAGCAGGCCCCCUCCCGCCGAGGGGGGCUCGCCCAAGGGCAGCCCCUCCCGGCGCCCCUCGGAUCAACGCCCCUGGGCAGCUUUCCACAACGUCUUCUCCUCCUUCGCAGAACCCCCUCGCGGCCCGGCGGAGUCGGGAGUGGCCGACGAGGGGGCGUGGGCGUGAGGGGUCGGGGGACGACGACGGGGACUUCGCCUCUCCCGCCUCUCCGUAGCUGCUUCCACCCGUCGCCCGCUUCUGUCUCUUCCCCGCGGACGCUUGGGACGUGUGACCUUGAUAAUUGCUGCUAUUGCUCUGAACAGAUAAUUUUUUGUUGUCAGGAGGACAGGGCCUUUGAUCUCAAAGGCAGUAACGUCCUUUUCGGGGUGUGUGUAUGGGGUUUUUGUUUGUUUUUUGGCAAACUGAGGCUGAAGGAUAGCAUGGCUUUAGUUGCCGUUCCGUUUUUCAUGAAAUGCUCCCAGGGAGAAGUCCUUGAGCACUGGAGACACCGAGAGAGGCUUCGAAGGGUCAAACUAGACGAUCCCCUUAGCACGUAGCGGGGAGGGGUGCUCUCGCAAGUGGCAAAAGCCAUCUGUUUGUCAUAGCAUGUGCUUUUCCUCACCUCCCAUUAUUCUUGCAUUUAAUGUGCUUUGCUUCGUAAUGGAUUCCCGGAGGGUAGACCACACACUUCGCUCGCAAGUCUGAAUUGCCGCAGGACUUAUCCCAAAGGAGUUCCCAUGUGCGAGGGCAAGCAUGUUAAUCAGAGGAAAUACAGAUUCCCGUUAAGUCUAGUUUGACCCUCUGCGAGUCUGGCUUGGAGGUCAAUAUUCAUUCCUUUGGUUGACCAUUAUAAAAUGUCAAGUCUGGUUUUAUCAACUUUCUUGUUUUCCUUAGGCCUUCAAAUUCCUUAGCACUUUGGCUCUCUUAAACCUUGAAGUCCUCUUCGUUGGACUCCCCCCUUCUGCCAACCCUUUUGGGGGUGUUUUGAAACAAAACCCAAAUGGCUAUUCUUUGUCUUCUUGUAGACGAUAGAAACCUUUGGACUCCCACAAGGCGUGAUGGGUGUAUGUGUGUGUGGAAAGUGUCUCCAGAACUGGGGGGGGGGGAAGACACUGUGGUGUGACUCUCACUACGCAAGUUGGCAGUGCUUCUGAAAAUGUUAUGUUUUUUAGAAGAUGAUUAUGCUUACAACAUCGGCUGGGAGAAGUUGCUUUCAUCAGAGUGCAACUCUCAGAUAUUCCAUGGAUAUUCUGGGGUUGUCUCUAAAAGUACAGUAGGAUCCCUGUAUCUGCGGGAUCAGUAUCUGAUGCUUGAAAAUAUUAAAAGAAAAAAACUUGA